AUGCAGUCUCCCUUAUCGUCAGGCGCAACGCGCCUCGACGUCGCCAACUCUCUUCUCCUCAACCCCAAGGGCGGCACCCUGAGCAGGCUAGACCUCCACCAGUUACCGGAUGACAAGCCAGUCUUUGCGUGCGCAAAGUGCUCCGAGGUUCUAGCACUUCAGGACGAGCUCGUAUCGCAGGCGUUCACCGGCCGCUCGGGCCGUGCAUACCUCAUGAACUCGACCAUCAACACGAAUCUAGGCAAGCGUGAAGAGCGCAAGCUUAUAACGGGGAGACACACAGUUGCGGAUCUUCACUGCGCCUCUUGCGACGCAGAGGUCGGCUGGAUGUACAUCAAGGCGCCGACUGGUGAUCAGAGGUACAAGGAGGGUCGUUACAUUCUCGAGGAGGCCCAGAUUGUCAAGGAGAACAACUGGCGGUGA